AUGGCCACUUACGAGGAGCAGCUGACGGAGUUCUGGGGAAAGCAACUCUGGGUUGCCGUGGUAUCGCGCGAGAGCAUCGGAUUCCAGGAGACCUUCGACGAUGGUGAGCUCCGUGCUUUGUAUCAGUAUAUGCCAGUUCAGAUCGCGGCCCACAAGGUUUUUCCGACCAACGAGUUACCGAUGCGGGCAAUGUGCCAGGAUGCGGAUGCGAACUCUGUCUUCGCGAUGCACGAGUAUGUCGUCGAUGACCAUGGGAAGACCUCCUUGCUGGCCAACAGCGCGUUGAUGCGGCGCGAGAAUUUAGUCGCCGAGCCUGGGUCCAAGCAGCUCACCAGCAGGCUCAAGAGCUUCCUGCGAAGGAAGAUCGAGGAGAGAAGCCGUGCCCGACGACUUCUCGCAGAGGCAAAUUCCCCGUACCAGCCAUCGUGUGCCAAGCUCCCGAACUUCAAGCUGAAGGGAAGCACUCCGAUGCUCUACAAUGCCGGCACUACCGUGGCUGCCUGCAUCGCAGGCACGAUGCUCCUGGUUCAGGUAUCCGAAGAUCAGGUACCCGAAGAUGGCGACUACUACGACAACAACGGCGUCGACUUCCACAACCUCGACAACAGUGGCACCAUCUCUGGUUCGGGCAAGUUCGUCUCUUGCAAGGGGCAAUCUGGCCGAUACCUUGUCAUCAAGAAGACAGGUGCUCUUCAAACACUCACCGUGGGCGAGGUGGAAGUGUGGGAGGAUGCCGUGCUGUCUCGGACGGCCGCUGUGGCUACGAUGUCUGUGGCCAAGAAGGGGGAGAGCAAUGGACCAGACCGUGUUUUGGACGAUGCGGACAACACGGCAACAAUUUCGCAGGCAGGCACCAACCCGUGGCUACAGAUAGAGCUCGUGGACGAGGGCAACGUGGGCAAGGUCACGAUCACGCCGAAUGCAGGCGCUAGGAGUGCCUUCGCCCCGACGGCCGCAGCACCCGUCAAGGUCGGUGUCAGCGACAAGACCUGCAGCAAUGGGGAGAAAGGCUGCAGCUCAUCGGAGAAGAGCGUUCUUUGCGGCACCCUCACAGAAACCAAAGAGGCGGGCUCCUACAUCGUGGACUGCGGUGGGAAGGGUGGCAAGUUUGCCUGGAUUGAGCUGCCAGGGAAAAGUCGAGCCAUCAAUAUCGCCACCGUCGAGGUCGAACAGGCUGCCCUUUGUGAGCAGGUCGUUUUCGAAAGACCGGCCAAGGGCGCGGUGAAGUUCGAUGGGACCCCUGAAGAGAAGAAAGCAGUGAUGGGCCUCUUGGCUGAGAUGGGCUACGCAGUUGAAGGAGGCGGGAUUCCCCAGCUACAGAAAGAUGUACAGGAGCUGUCACCGGAAGCCUUCAUGGAAGCCCUUCCGAAAGGCACUGAUUUUCGGACGAGGGCAAACUUGAGCCGUUUUGUCAAGGACCUGAUGCUGGGGGAAACGGAUCCCCCUCCAGUAGGUCUCAGUGAUCCUGCUGAUACAAUUGCAGAGAAAGAUGAGAGGUUUCACAUCAUGCUGCACAAUAUCCUCAAGGCUGACGAGAAUGAACGCAAGCUGACCGUCAGAGUCAUUCAUCUCUCUAGGUUUGUGGACUACACGUUGCAGAGCCGGCACCAUGCGAAGUUAUUCCUCCCAGAGGGCUCGUCUCUUCAGCUGAGUUGCGAAAUGUCCGAGCAUGUCAGCUUUCAUCGAGUAUUCUCAGCGAAAGAUCUCUCGGUGGUCAAAGGUUCCAUGCUCCUUUUUCACAGUUACAAGUUGGGCAGCUCUGCGGCAUUUGCUGCCACCUUGAGGCCUCCACAUGCGCCUGUGCAGCCCACAGCCUGUGUGUACCACUUCUGUGGCCCAGACGCAGAUUGGGAGCAAGGUGUUCUCAAGGUUUGGCACACACGAGACGGAGAGGUCAAAUCCGAAAAUAACCUGACGAAGCUGGAGCCAUACCACUGCAUCGCGCUCCUGCCGGUGGAGCGAGCGCAACUUCACAUCGAGAGCAGUUAUCGGAAAUAUCACAACAGAGGCCAUGCAAUCAUAGUCCCCGAGGAUUGUUCGGAGAACAAGCAACUCUCCACUGCUCAGCACGCCGGGAGGCAUGUGUACAUUUCGCAGAUUGAGGAGCACUUGUGGGCUGAUGCCGGAGCAUUGGUGAAUGAGCCCCAGAAGUUCGAUGCAAGUGCCGACUUGGCGGAUGUUCAAGAAGUUGAGGAUGGUGUGCACAAGGGAUUGAGCAUCUGUCUGCACAAUGUUCCGGCAAAGAACCUGAAGUUCGGAUUGAAGGUGAAGGUCAAGCUGCCGGACGAUCGCCUGGCGCACUUUCAGCUGGACAGCCGUUGCUGCGGUGUGCUCCGACUGCCGGAGGGCUCAUCGGUUGAGGUGGAGUCUGAAUCCGAGGAAUUCCCGGAGUCUAAAGCUUCCAUCACUCUCGGCCCCGACACGCUGGCAAAAGCCAAUGGAGGCAAUAUUUACUUCUACAGCGCGCAUGAUCGUCAAAGUUGGAGUGAAGAGGAGAAGGCUUUGAUGAACAAGUUCUGUCCCUUGAUGAUUUUGUUCCCCCUCUACAUCCUCGUACUGCUCAUUGUGACCCGCAUGGUAGAUGCUCGGAAAAGAAAGCGGCCACUUUGCCAUCUGGUCCAUGAUGUAGGCCAUCCUUCCAAAGGCAAGACAACCAUCGGGUCACGCAUUGUGUUUCAUUUCUGCAACUUCAGCCUCCGUGGUGCAGAGACGCUGUUCCUGCAGCCCAAGCCACCCACAAGCGGCUUGAAGCAGCUGGGCUUUGCCAUCACUUCUGGUCAGAGCUGCACUGUGCCUGCAGCUCCGGGCUUUGCGAUUACGAUCCGGGCCGAGCCAGAGUACGACCCAGAUGACGUGAAGAAGUCCGCGUUGAGAGAGAAGAUCGUUGAGCUCGACACCCGCAAAUUAGGAGAACGGCACAUUUACUUCCUUUGGAAUACCCGACGUGCUACCACGGAUUUCGCUCGUGGCUAUCUCGGCGAGUUUGCGGGAGCUGGGAAAAUUUCCGAGACUGCCGAGUGGGACGAGUAUUCCGGCGUCGAGGACACCAAGAAGGUCCAAGGUACGAAGUACACGUCGGCCAUCUGCCACACUGCCGGGAAAGUGGGCCCUGCGGGAGUCAAGGGCGCGAAAGGAGACAGAGGCCCGGCUGGCAACGCGGGAGCUCCAGGCAAAGCUGGCGCCAAAGGUGAAAAAGGCGAUGCCGGCGCUGUGGGUGAACCUGGCGAGGUCGGCGAGACCGGUCCCGAGGGGCAGGAUGCAGAUGUGGCCGGCUUCGCGACAAUGGGUAUGCUUGGAAUAGCUGGUGGCCUCUGUCUUGUGAUCACCAUCGCAAUUCUCGUCAUCUUGUUGAACAAGGUGGCGCCAAAGAAGGAAGCAGGCGGAGGCACCGAGCAGGCGCCCGAAGAGGAGGGCUACGAGGGCGAAGGCUGGGAAGAGGAGCAGUACCCAGAGGAAACGCAGCAGUGA